GUUGAUGGGAUACUUUUUAUUGCAAGCGUGGAUAGUAGGAAUAUCAAUUAAUGUAAAAUUCUAGAAUAGUAAUAUAUUAGUGGUGGUGGGUCAUAUGAUAGUGAUGAGGGUCAGAGAAAGAUUGGGAUAUGGGUAGAGUUGGAUGAAAGGUUCUAGUAUAUUAAAUAAGUCAUCUAUUGCGGUGAGUAUAAUAAAAUGGGUAAGAAGGAAGGAAAAUGGGAUAUUAUGUGUUGUAAAGAGGAAGAGUAGGAAUAUGUAUAAAUGUAAAUUAUUCAUAAAUAAAUUAAUAACUUAUUAGCGGUGGUGGAUCUUAUGAUAAUCAUGAAGGUGAGAAAAAGAUUGGAGAGUUGGAUUAAUGGUUUGAUGUACCAAAUAAAUAAAUCACCUAUUGCGGCGAAUAUAAUGUUAAGGGUAUUAAGGUAGGUAGAUGGGAUAUAGUAUGUGAAGGAAUAUAAAUGUAAUAUUUUAGUAAGAAAAUGUAUAGUGGCGGUGGAUCAUUUGAAGAGUAGAAUUAGAAAAAGAUUGGGAGUUGGAUAGAGUUAGAUGAAAAGUAUUACAAUUUGAGAAAACUUACUUAUAAUGGUGAAUAUAAUAUUUAGGGUAUGAAGGCCGGUAGAUGGAAUAUAGUAUUUGAAGGAAAAUAAAUAUAAUUAUAUAAUAGUAAGCAUCUGCUAGCGGCGGUGGAUCAUAUUAUAGUGAUGAGAGUUAGAAAAAGAUUGGAAUGUGGGUAGAGCUGGAUGAAUGGUUUGCCAAUUGGAAAUAAAUCACUUAUAAUAGUGAAUAUAAUAUGAGG